CGCAGCGGUCUAACUGAGGUCAUACUGAUCUUAACACUGGAUGAAAUGGCCGAGGCGAAUUUGGACAAAAAACCCGAGGUGAAGCCUCCGCCAGGCCUUAAGGCGAUCAUAGACCACCUGGGGCAGGUGUACCCCAACCAGCCCAACCCGCUGCAGGUGACCACACUGCUCAAGUACUGGCUAGGCGGGCAGGAUCCGUUGGACUACAUUAGCAUGUACAACUAUCCCGGAGAUGUGGACAGAAACAUUCCGCCUCAUUGGCACUACAUCAGUUUUGGACUCAGCGACCUUCACGGCGACGAGAGGGUCCACUUGCGCGAGGAGGGCGUCACUCGGUCCGGGAUGGGAUUCGAGCUGACCUUUCGGCUGGCCAAGACGGAAGUGGAGCUAAAGCAGCAGAUUGAGAGCCCAGAGAAGCCCCAAAGACCGCCCACCUGGCCGGCGAACUUGUUGCAGGCCAUCGGACGAUACUGUUUUCAAACAGGCAACGGCCUGUGCUUCGGGGACAACAUCCCGUGGCGCAAGAGCCUGGACGGCAGUACCACCUCCAAGCUACAAAGCCUGCUCGUCGCCCAGGAUCCGCAGUUGGGCUGCAUCGACACUCCUACGGGCACGGUGGACUUCUGCCAGAUCGUCGGCGUCUUUGAGGACGAACUUGAGCAGGCUUCGCGUUGGAACGGUCGCGGAGUGCUCAACUUCCUUCGCCAAGAUAUGCAAACUGGCGGCGACUGGCUGGUGACAAACAUGGAUCGCCCGACGAGCGUCUUCGAGCUGUUUCCCGAGACACUGCUCAACUUACAGGACGACCUGGAAAAGCAGGGGUCUGAUCUGGCCGGCGUCAACGCCGAUUUUACGUUCCGUGAACUGAAACCUACCAAGGAUGUAAAAGAAGAGGUGGACUUUCAGGCGCUAAGCGAGAAGUGCGCCAACGAGGAAAACAACCGGCAGCUGACGGAGACGCAAAUGAAGCGUGAGGAACCGAGUUUUCCACAGUCCAUGUCGAUGAGCAGCAAUUCGUUGCACAAGUCUUGUCCCCUGGACUUUCAGGCUCAGGCACCAAACUGUAUCUCACUGGAUGGCAUUGAAAUUACUCUCGCACCUGGUGUGGCCAAGUACCUGCUACUGGCCAUCAAGGAUCGCAUCCGACAUGGGCGGCACUUUACCUUCAAGGCUCAGCAUCUGGCGCUAACAUUGGUGGCAGAAUCUGUGACCGGCUCGGCUGUCACAGUGAACGAACCCUACGGCGUGCUGGGCUACUGGAUUCAGGUCCUAGUACCAGACGAACUGGUGCCACGUCUGUUGGAAGACUUCCGCAGCGCAGGCUUAGACGAGAAAUGCGAGCCCAAGGAGCGGUUGGAGCUCUCGUGGCCCGACAAGAAUCUGAAGCUGAUCAUCGACCAGCCGGAACCUGUGCUGCCCAAUGUUCUGCCCAUGUCCCUCGACGCUGCUCCUUUGAAAAUGUGACAGUGUCAAGUGCUUAGCUAGUAGUUACUUAAAUUAAUCGAAUUGAAUCUUCCACUAACACGUAAGUUCUUCAUUUAUACAUCUCAUCUAACACAAUGCACGUGGCUUUUGCUCCUCGCCGGAGUCCAGUCAAAAUAUACAAAAACAUACCCGAAACCA